GGGGCGGGCCGGGGGCGGGGCCUCGCGCGGGGUCUGGGCCGGUCUUCCAGUCGGGCCGGCACUCGGGCUACGGACACCCUUGGUCGCCUCCGUCUCGUCCUCCGCCGCCUCCGAGGGCCGUCACGAUGAAUCCGGACCUGCGCCGGGAGCGGGCCGCCGCCAGUUUCAACCCCGAUCUGCUCACGCACAUCCUGGACGGCGGUGCGCAGAACACCCGGCGCCGCCGAGAGAUCGAGAACCUGACUCUGAACGACCCCGACUUCCAGCACGAGGACUUGAACUUCCUCACCCGCAGCCAGCGGUUCGAGGUGGCUGUCAAGAAGAGUGCCACCCUGGUGAAGAAGAUCAGGGAGUUCGGCAUCUCAGACCCCGAGGAGAUCCUGUGGUUUAAAAACGUCCAUAAGAUCAAUUUUGUGGAACCCGUGUCCCUCCAUUUCUCCAUGUUUAUUCCCACCUUGCUGAAUCAGGCCACCAGUGCUCAGCAGGAGAAAUGGCUGGAUCCUGCCCGAGGAUUCGAGAUAAUUGGCACCUACGCCCAGACGGAGCUGGGCCACGGAACUCAUCUUCGAGGCUUGGAAACCACAGCCACGUACGACCCUGAAACCCAGGAGUUUAUCCUCAAUAGUCCGACUGUGACCUCCAUCAAGUGGUGGCCUGGUGGACUCGGCAAGACUUCGAAUCAUGCGAUAGUGCUGGCCCAGCUGUACACCAAGGGGAAGUGCUAUGGGUUGCACGCCUUCAUUGUACCCAUUCGAGAAAUCGGAACCCACAAGCCUCUGCCAGGCAUCACCGUUGGCGACAUUGGCCCCAAAUUUGGCUAUGACGAGAUGGAUAAUGGCUACCUGAAGAUGGACCAUUACCGAAUCCCCAGGGAAAACAUGCUGAUGAAGUAUGCCCAGGUGAAGCCCGAUGGCACCUACGUGAAGCCCGUGAGCAACAAGCUGACCUACGGGACCAUGGUGUUUGUGAGGUCCUUCCUCGUGGGGGAGUCGGCGCGCUCUCUGGCCAAGGCGUGCACCAUCGCCAUCCGCUACAGCGCCGUGCGGCACCAGUCUGAAAUCAAGCCCGGUGAACCGGAGCCACAGAUUCUGGAUUUCCAGACCCAGCAGUACAAACUCUUCCCACUGCUGGCCACCGCCUACGCCUUCCACUUCGUAGGCGCGUACAUGAAGGAGACCUACCAACGGAUCAACGAAGACAUCGGCCACGGGGACCUGAGCGAGCUGCCCGAGCUUCACGCGCUCACCGCCGGGCUGAAGGCCUUCACCAGCUGGACCACGAACGCCGCCAUCGAGGCCUGUCGGAUGGCUUGCGGCGGGCACGGCUACUCGCACUGCAGCGGGCUCCCCAACAUUUACGUCACCUUCACCCCGUCCUGCACCUUCGAGGGGGAGAACACCGUCAUGAUGCUGCAGACGGCCAGGUUCCUGAUGAAAAGCUACAAGCAGGUGCAGUCGGGGAAGCUGGUGUGCGGCACGGUGUCCUACCUGAACGACCUGCCCAGCCAGCGCAUCCAGCCACAGCAGGUGGCGGUCUGGCCAGCCUCGGUGGACAUCAGCAGCCCCGACGGCCUCACGGAGGCGUACAAGCUCCGUGCGGCCAGGUUAGUGGAAAUUGCUGCGAAAAACCUUCAGACUGAAGUGAGUCGCAGAGAAAGCAAGGAAGUGGCCUGGAACCUGACCUCCAUCGACCUCGUGCGAGCAAGUGAGGCCCAUUGCCAGUACGUGGUAGUUAAACUCUUUGCAGAGCAGCUCCUCAAAAUCCAAGAUAAAUCCCUCCAGACUGUCUUAAGGAAUUUGUGUCUCUUGUAUUCGCUGUAUGGAAUCAGCCAGAAAGCAGGCGAUUUUCUUCAGGGGAGCAUCCUGACGGACGCUCAGAUCACCCAGGUGCACCAGCGCAUCAGGGAGCUGCUGACCGUCAUCCGCCCGGAUGCUGUUGCUUUGGUCGAUGCGUUUGAUUUCCAGGACGUGUCGCUGGGCUCCGUGCUCGGCCGCUAUGACGGGAAUGUGUAUGAGAACUUGUUCGAGUGGGCCAAGUCCUCCCCGCUGAACAAAACAGAGGUCCACGAGUCCUACUACAAGUACCUGAAGCCGCUGCAGUCCAAGCUGUGAGGAGAUGGCUCCGCUCCGGGGAGCAGCCGCAUCCCCCUCUCGCCCACCCGUCACACGGAUCUGCACAGGAUCUGUAUCGAAUCAGAACUGUCGGGCAGAUGAUUAAUUGGCCCUUUUCCUCUUUAUAAAUGAAGAAAAAAAAAUGAACAGUUUUUGGAGAUUAAAUGAAAAAAAUGAAUGUGUUUUAAGUGCAAUUACCAUUGAAAGAGGCCUGUUAAGCAUUCAGAAAAAAACUGAAAAGAAGUCUAGUGUGUCUUCCCCUUGCUACCCUGCUGGUCCCAGCGGGCCAUAACUUUUGAUAAUUCGUAGAUUUUAACUACUAAGUAGUUAAUGUUUUCACAUAUUAAUUGCUAAUCACUGGAUAUAUGUGUUUUUAAGCAAAGGUAUUUUUGAAGUGGGGUAGAACCCUUCUAAGCUUUCUGCUGAGUACGCUACUGCUCCCACACGGGCCCUGGCUCAGAAGCAGGACUGAAGAAAACGGACUCGGGGAAAUAAACUAAUCAGGAAAGUGGGCGUGCAUGAUUUGUGCUUGACACACUGCCUGCCUGUUUGCCCCUGGUCCCGGACGUAGGGUUUCCGUUUGUUCACAGUAGCUUUUCUCCAGCACGAGGAUUUCUUCAGCGAGAUCACCGUCCUGUGUGAUCACGGGUAUUAAUCUUCCACCUGAAGGAUCCUUCAAUUGUCACUGUAGUAGUAGUGGUAACACUGCAACUCCCUUCGUCCCCAGCUUCUUGGGGAGAUGUAGGCAGCAAAGUUAGGAAAACACAGGACGUCCCACAACCGAUGGGGCUUCAGUCCGUGGUGUUUGAUCCCCCCUCCCUCUACCUUAUCCUCCUGAAAGGGGCUCUGACGAAAGGAGGCCGGAGUCAGGACUCCUCCCGGGGAGGGGACGUGCAGGGGGGCUCGCAGGUGCACUCGCUGUGACUAGUGUCCCUAUUGAUGGCCCGGGACAACCCAGACUGCACGUCAGAGUUCUGUCAUUUUGGCCCAAACCGUUAAAGUGCUUGGAGGUGACAGGGCCCGGCAUGACGAGAGUAGGAGACACACUCAGGUUACUCACACCCAGGGGCAGCGCAGGAAGAUCGCUUGCAAACCACGCGUUUUGAAUUUUGGAUCGGAAAAUACAGUUGAAACUGUAAACGGAAGUUCCGUAGCCUCUACUAUAUACCUGGCUUUAUUUUCAGUAUGUUUCUGGGAGCUUUAUCUGAAUUGCUGAACUGUCCCUUCGGCUGAAAUCUAGUGUACACAAUCAUCCUGUAUUUAAAGGGUAAACGUGCCUCUUCACGAAGUUCAUUCUUAAAAUCAGUGUAAAACAGCACGUCCUUGAUUUCUUUUUCAACCUGUUACCUGCACCUGUGGCAUCUGCCUCAGGAAGCGCGCUGUUCUGGAGUCAGUCUCGUGAGCACAGUGUCCUUCGGCGGAAAUGCACUUCCUAUCUGGGGACCUGACAUACGAUCUGUCCCAUGGAACUGGUACCAGGAGGAUUCAAGUCCAGCAGAAAUACUCUCUGUUGACACAAGCCUUAAUCUUUCCACCAGAAGAAUAAAUUGAUAAUCGUGUUAAGAUUGAAGUAAAACACUGUGUUAACCUCAUUGGGGUAUAUAUCUUAAUGGUAGUUCAGGUUCUGGGAAAUAGUACAUUUAAAUUGCUUAACAUUGAUCUGUUAAAUGUAGAACUGUUUCAAAAUUAGUCUUUAAAUACAGAUGAAUAUCUAAUCAGGAUCUGAGGGUGUUUGAAAUGACAUGAAUCUAAUAAACUAAAUUUGAGAUUUGA